AGGGGUCGAAGGUCGGGGCGGGAGCUGAGGCCCAACAUGGCGGCGGAGAGGGAGACGGAGAGGAAGAGGAGCGGCGAGCGCGGGCGGGAGGAGGAGACCGGCGGCGAAGCGGAGGAUGACGGGUGGGUGGGACCCCUUCCCUCCGAGGCCGUGAGCACCAAGAGGAGGAAAGUUCUUGACUUUGAACAUGUGUAUCUGAACAACCUUCCUUGUGCAUCUAUGUACGAGCGGAGCUACAUGCACAGAGAUGUUAUUACACACUUAGUGUGUACUCGGACAGACUUCAUAAUAACUGCCAGUCAGGACGGACACAUCAAGUUCUGGAAGAAGAAAGAUGAAGGGAUAGAAUUUGUUAAACAUUUUCGCAGUCAUCUAGGUGUUAUUGAAUCUGCUGACAUUAGUUCAGAAGGGGCUCUGUACUGUUCAGUUGGUGAUGACCAAGCAAUGAAGAUUUUUGAUGUUGUGAACUUCGAUAUGAUCAAUAUGGUCAAACUGGGCUUCCACCCUGGGAAGUGUGGAUGGAUUUACUCACCAGGAGAUGCUAUAUUUGCUGUAGCAUGUUCUGAAAAGAACAGUGGAAAGAUCUUUGUGUAUGACGCUCGAGGAAAUAACAAACCGCUCCAUGUGAUUGAGAAACUGCAUAGCUCCCCCCUCAGUCAGAUCAAGUUAAAUCCCGUGUACAAGGUUGUCGUAUCCACUGAUAAAUCAGGAAUGCUGGAAUAUUGGACUGGGCCACCCAAUGAUUACAAAUUUCCCAGAAAUGUGGCAUGGGUAUACAAGACGGAUACAGACCUGUAUGAAUUUGCGAAGUGUAAAUCGUACCCAAUAAGCGUUGCAUUCUCUCCUGAUGGAAAGAAAAUGGCCACCAUUGGAUCUGAUCGCAAAGUCAGAAUUUUCAGGUUUUUGACGGGAAAGCUCAUGAGGAUCUUCGAUGAAUCCCUUACAAUGUUUACAGAAUUGCAACAAAUGAGGCAACAGCUUCCAGACAUGGAGUUUGGCCGGCGUAUGGCUGUUGAAAGAGAACUGGAAAAAGUGGAUGGAAUAAGACUGGCCAAUAUUAUUUUUGAUGAAACUGGACAUUUCAUACUUUAUGCUACAAUGUUGGGAAUCAAAGUAAUAAAUGUUGAAACUAACAGGUGUGUGCGUAUCCUUGGUAAACAAGAAAAUAUCCGGGUGGCUCAACUGGCUUUGUUCCAAGGUGCAGCUAGACAAAGUCAGGUUGUAAUGACGGUGGAGAUGAAAGCUUCUGACAACCCUGUGCUACAGAAUAUUCAACACGACCCAACCAUUUUCUGUACAGCAUUUAAAAAGAAUCGUUUUUAUAUGUUCACAAAGAGGGAACCAGAGGAUACAAAGAGUGCUGAGUCCGAUCGAGAUGUCUUCAAUGAAAAACCAUCCAAGGAAGAGGUUAUGGCUGCCACACAAGCAGAUGGUCCUAAGCGUGUUUCUGACAGUGCAAUUAUCCACACUACUAUGGGGGAUGUGCAUGUUAAGCUGUUUCCCGUUGAGUGUCCCAAAACUGUUGAGAACUUCUGUGUGCACAGCAGAAAUGGAUAUUACAACAGUCAUGUAUUUCACCGUGUCAUCAAGGGCUUCAUGAUUCAAACUGGUGAUCCAACUGGCACAGGAAUGGGGGGAGAAAGCAUAUGGGGAAGUGAAUUUGAAGAUGAAUUUCACCCAACGUUGAGGCAUGAUCGACCCUACACAUUCAGCAUGGCCAAUGCAGGCGCCAACAGCAAUGGGUCCCAGUAUUUUAUAACUGUUGUACCUACACCAUGGCUUGACAACAAACACACAGUUUUCGGCAGAGUAACAAAAGGAAUGGAAGUGGUCCAAAGAAUUGCUAAUGUCAAGGUCAAUCCUAAAACUGACAAGCCAUAUGAGGAUAUCAGUAUUAUUAGCAUCACUGUAAAGUAAAAUAGAAAAUAAGUACCACUUUCUGAUCUGUCGUAUUUUAUAAAUUUAUUAAGCCUAUCUUGUAAGUUUCCACAUUGUGAAAUAGUGCUACUUUUGAUAAUCCCAUUGAAUAAAUAAAUAUUUUAUAUUAAAGUCUA